AUGGCUUCGAAUCGUUCCGAGGACAGCGGACGAAGGCAGUCCUUAGCAUAUCAUACUAAGCAGAGUGAUCAUAGUAUCAGGUUAGCACCUCUUAUUGCGCCCAAAAGCAAGUCCAACGACAAGUUACCCUCAUUAGAGGAGCUGGGCCUGUCCGACGAACUUCUUGCAUCUGCACGGGGUGUUUGUCCAUCUCCUGCCGGGAACGUCGGAAAUCAGGAUUUGGUAUUGAACGACAAGGUCCUCAGAGAAUACAAGCUUCAACACGCUAAAGGUUGGAAGCUCUUCGUCAUGCAAGCUCCUCCGAGAAACGAGAAGAGAGCGAUCUUCACGCGCAGAACAAUUGGUGGUCGCGACCUUGUCUACCGUCUCGAUGUAGCUCAAGAGCCGAAACAAGCUCGUGCUUGCGGAAAUGGAAACAAAUCUAGUGCCGAUAGACGGCCAGUAGAUCCUCCUCCUGUCGUGAAGAUGACUAUAUUACAUGGUGAUAUCGACAUUACUGGCCACUACGAUGCGGAUUUCAUGCUCUUCGCAACACUGGAAUUCUCUCGACCAAUUGCUAACGGAAACAUACUUGCAACCAACCACUGCCCAGUCUUGGCAGGUAACCCAUGUGUGGGGGCAUCGUACUUGAGCAAACCAUCAAAUGCCGCUUACUUCAUUUUCUCUGAUCUUGCUGUGAGGCAUGAAGGCUUCUACCGCUUGAAGUUCACUUUGCUAGAAGGACCAAAAAACCAUGCCGAUUUUGACCUCGACGCCUCGCUGGGCGUAGGACAAGGAAUGUUCACCAGAACAGCUGUUUACACACCUCCAUUUCAGGUGUGGAGUGCCAAGAAGUUUCCAGGUCUGGAACUGAGCACCGAUCUAAGUCAGGUGCUUGCUGACCAAGGUUGUCGCGUUAGGAUUCGUAGGGACGUCCGACAGCGAAGAGCCAGAGCUGAUACCACAAGCAAGAAGGACGACGAACAACGAGCACUUCGAGCUAUCAGCCAUGAUAGGAAUGCUAGCACAGAUAGUCCAGACUACUGGCCUAGACCUAUGGCACCCUCCUCCGCCAAUACACGCCGACCAUCUGUGGAUAGUCAAUAUGCUCUGGGUAACGCACAUUCUCGGCAACAGUCUGUAGCCCAGUCGGCACUUCCCAGUCCAAACACAGCAGAAAUGACACAGUACAUGCCGAGACCGUACGAGGCUCCCACGCCUACUGCGUCUCUAGCCGCUGAAUCGGGAGACAUGUGGCAGCACCAGAGUCAUAUUGCAUAUAACAUGCCACCUUUACAUCGCACUUCGAGUUCCAUGCAAGGACCACAGCAAGCAAUGGCUGCGCCAGCACCACCAUACACGACAAGCGGCAGGUAUGGUUCCGCAUCUUCCAAUCCUUCUGAUAUGAUGGCUGGAUUACCCUCAAUAUCUGCCUUGAUUCACCCGCCCAAACAGCCACGCCUCGAACAUGGUGCAUAUGAUGGCAUUGUCUCACCCAAGACCGGCAAGCGCACUCUACGUCAACCUUCCGACGAGCGUGGUGCUUCUCUAAAAGAUCGUGCUCGACCUAAUUUACAACCCACAUCCCUUCGAAGCCCCUACUCGGUGUAUGGCGGUAUUCAGAGCCACAGUGUACCCAUGACCGGCGCAAACGACAUCAUUGAAGCAGGCGAAGGUAGUGAUGAUGGCGAUGAAAGCGAUGGUAGUGACGGUCUACUCAACACCACCACCUUCUACCGUCGUGCAGGUGGCGGCAAAAGCUAUGUCCCAAACAUGCAAACGAGCUCAUCCCACGCUUGCUAG